AUGGAUAUGACCUUGGCGGGCGAAAAGAGGCUACUUAAGCUCAAUGAACUUGAGGAGCUCCGCUAUGAUGCCUAUGAGAACUCGAAACUCUACAAGGAGAGAACCAAGAGGUGGCACGACCAACAUAUAAGGAACAAGAGCUUUAAGGUUGGGGACAAGGUUUUGUUAUUCAAUUCUAGGCUCCGUUUGUUCCCCGGAAAACUUAAGUCUAAAUGGUCGGGGCCUUUCACAAUUUCAAAAACAACUCCUUAUGGGUCCUUUGAGUUAGAAGCGAAUGGGAACAAGUUCAUGGUCAACGACCACCGUUUGAAGCUCUACCAUUGCAAUGAUCAAAUUGGCAUGAUUGAGUGCAUGAGGCUCGAUCCGCCGGAUCCUAAGUCACUUUCUUGA